GGGAGGACUUCGACUUGUGGUUAUCCGAAAAUUUCAAAGAAAGCUGGUCCGAAUGCACUUUAAAGGUAUUCAUGGAAUCAGUCAGUUUUGAGAUUUCGGCAGAGAUGUUUGUAUCACGUGAUUUAAUCGAAGAAUUCAUUGCCUAA